AUGAAUUCUGCAGAAUUAAAGAUCAGAAAUGUUUUGAAACUCUACGACAAUUCGUCGGACGAGCUAGCGACUGAGCAGUUUGAGGUAAAAUUGCCGACUGAAUGCUUUGCAAUAUGUGUGACUCUGUUUUUAAUUGUUGCUAAUGACAACGACAGCUCACGAUGUGGCAAAACAUCUAAAAAUAUCAAUAUUAUGCUCAGUGACCAAGCAGUAAGAGCUCAAACUUGCUCAUAG